GGCAUUUCCCUCCUGCACUAGUCACAAUAUUGCCUGCUAUCAACAUUUCAGCGGAUUGGAGUAAAACUGCAAUCAUUUUGACUUGCUAGUAUGACAGGACUUUUGUUACUUCAUUUACUUUUCCAAGCUGCUUUUGGAUGGGAAGUGAGAAUGCCAAAAGACAUUCGUGGUCUCCAAGGCUCCUGCCUGGUGAUUCCAUGUUCUUUCAGCUACACAUUAUACCCACCCAAAAACCCACGCAGAGUUGUGUGGUAUCAGUGGGUCUCUGAAGGUUAUCCUUUAGUCUAUGAUCCUUGGAAUGCAAAUGAAGUAAUUAAGAAGUUUAGAGGAAAAACUGAUUUAUAUGGAAACUCGAGUUGGGAUUGCAGUCUGCUGAUAAGAAACCUGGAACAGUCCCACCAUGGAGAGAAAUUAUACACAUGGAUCGACCCUGAAAAUGUUGGAUGGCGCACUUACAAAUUUUAUGACAUCACCUCUACAAUUCUAGUGGAUGCACGUCCACAGCCACCCAGCAUUAAUAUUUAUGGAGGGGAAAGACCGGGUGAAACUAUCACAGUAGUAUGUUCAGCUUUCCACACAUGUCCAUACCGCAAACCAAACCUUAUUCUGAACGGUGUUGAAGGAUCUGACCAAAUAGACAAUGAGCACAUUGAAGGCGGCCUGUGGAAAAUCUCUCUGACACGUACAGGUGUGGCAAAAGCAGAAAGCUCAACUACUGAGUGUUCAGUAACCUAUUAUGGUGGCAUAACAAUGGCAACUAUGAAGGACAAAAAUGCACAGAGUAAGUGA